ACCAAUGGGAACGCCUGAUACGCCAAGGAAGGACGUCAUUUCAGUAGCCGUCGUGUAGGGAUUGGAAUGCCAGGGUGAAACAAUCGGAGCAAGCGGACAGACUCUCCAGAUUAGGUUUUGGAGUAGAGAUUGUCCCUGUCAAAUACUAUUUCGUGUCAUCGAAUAAAAAUGGACAUGUCUAUCAACGGUUUUGGACGACUUAUGAGACUGUAAGAUUGUUUACUUGUAACAGACAUAGAGCCUAACUUGAGGAAUAGAAAUGGAACUAAAGGUGCGCUUGUCUAGAUGAAGGGAAUCUUAUGAUGUUUAGAAAUGCAGGGAUUUGUCUGGCUAGAUCAUUAUAGUUAGAGUGUAACCUGACCGCUUUUGCAAAAACGGUGUAAAACGAACUUGCAGCACUGGACUAAACCACCAACAUGACCUCUGGAUGAUAAACUCUACACUAUUGCAGUUCGAAUCGCGUUGAAGUCUUGCCUGAUUUGUUUAGGUUUCCUUUAUCCAGUUACUGUUGAAGUCUACUGGGCAGCAACUCUUCACUAUAACGAUAGCUAGCGAGAGUACAGGUAUUUGCCAUUAGCUAUCGUUGCAACUCCCCAGGUGAGUGAAAUGGAACGAUGGUCAACACGUAUUACUUGUAAACAUUUUGGGGGACAGUCAGGUCUUCUUCCUUGACUUGUCAGCCGAUGAAGAUAGUCUAACUGCACGCUGCUAGAUACAUCAUAAAACAACACCGAGGAGCGGAGGUGUAGGUGAUCUACAGAAGUCGCCCACAUGCGCUGGAUUUUGGAACGGAAUAAGAAGGUGGAAGACGCGAGAUCAAAAUCCUUGCAGGCUGGUGGAAGAUGGCGGAGCUCUGUAGUUGGAGGUGGUGAGAGAGAAACUUCAGGGCGCUUUGGAUUCAUCAGUGAACACUGUGACCCGGAUCAAAGGACCCAUGCAAGCCAAAAAACGGUAUUUAAUUCUAUUCUCUGCCUGCACAUGUGUCGUUUUACUGUUUUACUUUGGAGUGGUGCAGCUCCCGGCGUCCAGGAGAAACCAGAACCGGCGUGAUGACCGCAGCCGCAGUGGAUAUCAUGCAAGUCCGCACUGGCCUCACUUUUCGGACCCCCUGCAGCCGUUCAUUCCUUGGGAUCAGUCGGAGACCGAGGAUUACAACGUUCACAUGUCGCCAAGGCAGAAGAGGGAUGCCAAUUCCGGGGUCUACAGGGGCAAGCGAUGUCGUAUGGACUCCUGCUUUGAUUUUUCUCUUUGUAAAAAGAAUGGCUUUAAAGUUUACGUUUACCCGCAGCAGAAGGGAGAGAAAAUAUCAGAAAGUUACCAAAACAUUCUCUCCUCCAUCGAAAGUUCCAGGUUCUACACGUCGGACCCGGGACAAGCUUGUUUGUUUGUUUUGAACCUGGACACUUUGGAUAGGGACCAGCUGUCUCCUCAGUACGUGCACAACCUGAAAUCAAAGAUCCAGAACUUGCAUUUUUGGAAUAAUGGUCGAAACCAUCUCAUAUUUAACUUGUACUCGGGGACAUGGCCGGACUACACGGAGGAUUUGGGUUUCGAUAUUGGCGAGGCCAUGCUUGCCAAGGCCAGUAUCAGCACAGAGAACUUCAGACCUAACUUCGACGUGUCCAUUCCUCUGUUUUCUAAAGAUCACCCAAGGACCGGAGGGGAUAGGGGGUAUUUAAAAUACAAUAACAUACCACCUUUUAGGAAAUAUGUGCUGGUGUUCAAGGGUAAAAGGUACCUCACAGGCAUAGGUUCGGACACCAGGAACGCGCUGUAUCACGUCCACAACUCGGAGGACGUGGUGCUUCUCACCACAUGCAAACAUGGCAAAGACUGGCAGAAGCACAAGGAUGCCCGCUGUGACAAGGACAACGCUGAGUAUGACAAGUAUGAUUAUAAGGAAAUGCUGCAUAACUCCACGUUCUGUAUGGUUCCCAGAGGAAGACGCCUGGGCUCUUUCCGCUUCCUGGAGGCGCUGCAGGCUGCCUGUGUGCCAGUCAUGCUCAGUAAUGGCUGGGAGCUCCCCUUCUCCGAGGUCAUCGCCUGGAACACAGCUGCCGUCAUCGGGGACGAGAGGCUGCUGCUACAGAUUCCCUCCACGGUGCGCUCCAUCCAUCAGGAUAAGAUCCUCUCGCUCCGGCAGCAGACCCAGUUCCUCUGGGAGGCCUACUUCUCUUCCGUGGAGAAGAUUGUCCUCACCACUCUAGAGAUCAUCCAGGACCGUGUGCUCCAGCACGCCUCCAGGAGCAGCCUGAUGUGGAACAGCCUGCCUGGGGGCCUCUUCACCCUGCCGCAGUACUCCUCCAACCUGGGCGACUUCCCCUUCUUCUACUCCAGCCUGGGCAGCAGACCGCUUCCUAAGUUCACGGCGGUCAUCCAUGCCGUCACGCCACUGGUGUCGCAGUCCCAGCCCAUCCUCAAGCUCCUGGUGGCGGUGGCCAAAUCCCAGCACUGUGCCCAGAUCAUCGUCCUCUGGAACUGUGACAAGCCCCUGCCUGCUAAGCACCGCUGGCCGGCCACUGGCCUUCCUGUCAUCGUGAUCGAGGGGGAGAGCAAGGUGAUGAGUAGCCGCUUCCUUCCCUAUGACAGUAUUGUAACGGAUGCAGUGCUGAGUCUUGAUGAAGAUACUGUUCUAUCGACGACGGAGGUGGAUUUUGCCUUCACUGUAUGGCAGAGUUUCCCAGAGAGGAUCGUGGGAUAUCCAGCUCGCAGUCACUUCUGGGAUCAGAACAAAGAGCGCUGGGGCUACACAUCCAAGUGGACCAAUGACUUCUCUAUGGUGCUGUCAGGAGCGGCUUUUUAUCACCGAUACUACAACUAUUUAUACACCAGCUACUUGCCAACCAGCCUGAAAAGCAUGGUGGACCAGCUCUCCAACUGUGAAGACAUCCUCAUGAACUUCCUGGUCUCGGCCGUCACCAGGAUGCCCCCCAUCAAAGUCACCCAGAAGAAGCAGUACAAGGAGACCAUGAUGGGACAGACCUCCAGAGCCUCUCGCUGGGCAGACCCCGACCACUUCGCCCAGAGGCAGACCUGCAUGAACAAAUUUGCCAGCUGGUUUGGCAGCAUGCCCCUGGUGCACUCCCAAAUGAGACUGGACCCCGUUCUGUUCAAGGACCAGGUGUCCAUACUGCGCAAGAAGUACCGAGACAUCGAGAGACUCUAGUUGUGCUCCAUCCCGUCGGCCUGAUUUAGGUCUUCUGCGGAAGGACAGACGUGGGCCAGGGGUUCGCCUGAAACCCUUAUCAGUGUUAAAGAGGGGAGCGGCUUGGAAUGAAACAGCUCUCACACACUCUCCUGCACACUAAAAAGGGUCAGUGAGAAGGAGACUCUUUGGAUCCUGCGCUUGCCUUUUGUAAAGAGGUUUCCGAUGCGUGGCUGUCUGGGCAGCUCGGGCGAACACAUUUGUUUUUUUGCUGGACACAGAAAGCAGAAAACAGAAAGUCACCCAUCAGAGGGUGAUGUACACAGAAGUGGCUCGGUUAUUCGUUAAAUUAUUACCAUCAAACACGAGAUGUGACAGAAUGCCCUGGAAGUGGUCUAUCAGUAUGCAAAUAAUUGUUUGUACUCUUUGAAGUUUGUUUUUGUUUCUCUACACUGGCGUGUUAGAAAAAGUCAUUUUCUCCUCUGUCUGCUGGUAUCACGCAAGGAAAACAGAACUAUCGUCUGUCUUCCACCCCCACAAAUGCAUCGCCAAUGGCGACGGUGACUAUGACAACGCAGGCAGUGGCGAGGAACAGCGCGGAGGACAGCUAAAUCAGAUGGCUGUGAUGGGCAGAAUACACGGCACGCCACAUAGCACAGUUCACAACAGUCUGUCCCCUCUCCACCUCUCCUGUGUCCUCUAUGCAGACAUCAGAACUGUUACUGUUGAGUGGUUUCACUUUCUUUUUUUCAUAUAUUUUUUAUAUAUUUUUUUUUUUUGGGUUUGUUUGGUGUUUUACUGUAAUGUGGUGUUCUCUGUGAAGAUCUUUGAGGAUGACCAUUGCACAGUGCCUGGCCUUUUCACAUACUGUGGUUCCGGGAGACUAGAAGGGUCGUUGCGAG